GCCUCUUACUUCCCCCGCCCCACGCACCCCGGAUCGCGCCAGCACCGUUCUCCCCUGGGUGCCGCUCGCGCCACCGCCCUCCUCCCAUGGCCGCUGAUGGCACCGUGUUCCCCUGCCCCCGAGCUCGCGCCGCCGGUCCCCUACAGUUCGAUGACCAACGUGCUUCAGUCCAAAUCCAUAUGCGGGGAGCUGCGAGGAUGAAUUGCUUUUUGGGAAAAUGGAGCUCCAAAAAAAUGUGUCUACAUUUCGCAGCAGGACGAGUGAUUGAUUGCUCAAACAGUCAAACUAGUACUACUGCGAUUGAUCUGGAAGAAAUCCCAGUGCUUGAAGUGUUCGUUUUUACCAUGGAAAUGGAAGAAGAAUUAGUGCUACAAGAGAUUAGUACCUGGCUGCUGCUUGACAGGCUCUGGGACGAGGGGAAUCUGCUGGAUUGGAGGAGCCUUGGCCUCCUCCUGCUUGGGAGCCUCUGGAAUGGUAGUGGCAGGAGGAGUCUGCUGGACUGGUGCAGGAAGCGUAGCCGGGUCGGAUUGAACCAAGGACUGUGAGCCGCCAUUGCUGCUGCUGGAGCUCCUGUUUGGAGAAUUGGCAGCGAUGAGAUGUACCUUGUCCCGAAGCUCCUAUAUCCACUUAUUUGCCCGGAUGUAUGAAUCUGACUGUAAGAAUAAGGUGUGUCCCUCUACAUAUCAAGAGGAAAAAUUGAUUGCCGA